AUGGAACUCGCAGAAGAUUGCCUAGUAAAUUCGGUUAUGGUACACAGUUACUUUACUUCAGUUAAAGCCGGCUUAUGGAGUUUAAGGCAUUACAUCGAUUGGGCUUGUAAAGAUGAACGUUGGAUAGUUAAGCAAAGAUCGAUACCACAAUCUAUUCGUGUUAUUGCUAACCGGAUUGCUGAAGAUAAGGAGGUGAAUGUCAAUAACGAGGCACUGCUUCGUCACUUCACAUCACUUACAGAAUCCCAUAUAAUUCAGCUUCCUGAAACUAAGGUACUUACGGAAGAUCUUCGAAUGAUGUAUGAACGAAUAUACAAUGGAAAAUAUAGCAAGUCCCUUUAUGAGACCAUGGCGCACGUACAGAAAAAAAUAGUCCAUGUGCAGAAAGAAGAGGAAAUAUUUGCUUCAGUCGCAGAAAUACAUUCUAAAAAACAAAAGAACGAUGGUAAUUUAAAUAAAGGUGGUGAUCCAUCACUCUUAUCAACUUCCAUCGAUGGUAAUUUAAAUAAAGGUAGUGAUCCAUCACUCUUAUCAACUUCCAUCGAUGUUAACAACAAUCAUGAACAAAACCAACGUCAAGCAGAUUAUUAUGAUUAUGAAUCAGUCUCCGAUUCAUUUGAAGAAGAUGAUUGUGAUGAUUAUAAGGUAGAAGACGAUAAUUGCAACAAAGAUAAUGUAAAGAGUAAAAAGAAUGAUCAUGAAGAAAGUGACGGAAUCGAUGAUGAUUUCGUCAUGCCUAUUCAACCAAAGCGGAAAAAAAACGAAUUGGAGAACAGUACGGUCCUUGAUGCAGUUCAUGAUAUUUCCGAGAACACCUCCACAGGCGUCAGAGAGGAAAUCAAAAAGGCGCGUAAAGUUAGCACGAAGAAAAGUGAGAUACCAUUAAGUUCAAAAACUUCUUCCAGCGACGUAUAUACAAACGAAAACUCUGCAAGUUCCACGGAAGACAUUGAUGUUGAAAUCGAUGAUAUUACAAACAUUGAAGAGCAAUUAAAGAAGCAACCUCAUACUGAGUGGAUUGUAAGAAAUAUUAACAUAACACAAAAGUUCCGUCAAUAUCAAUGGAGUGCAAUUGAUAAAGCGAAGAAAGGGUUACUGAAGUGGGACAAUACGGCACUAGCAUCGAUUAUCGUUAUUUCAUCUCCGUGUCCAUAUCCUUAUGAAUAUUUUACGCUUGAAGAAUGGGAUUAUAUAACAAAAACUAAUCCAUAUAGUAUUGAGAAAAAUACUAUUCCAUCAUCCAUUUCAGCAAGUCUAUAUGAAACAGCGGAGGAAUGUGUUUUCGGAAGAAGCAUUUAUAUGAAUGCAGAAGAAUCAUUUUUGAGUAAAUGUGCUGGGAGAAUUUUUAAUGAUUUGAAUAAUGUUCCAGUAGAAGCGCCCAGUAAAAUUUCUGAAGAUCUCCAUUGUUGUAAUUAUUUACACCCAUUUAUAAAGCCACUCUUCAUGAUACCAAAAGUGUAUGAAGUAAGGCUUAAUCGUUCAGCAGCUGGUUCUAGGAAACGGCCAGACUUUUCAUGUGUUGUUGAUAACAUACCAAUACUAAACUCUGAAAUAAAACCACUUGGGUUCACCCCAUUGCAAAAGAAAAAAGAUUUCGCGAAGGUGAAUCUAAGAGCAAAGAAGUCCAUCAACCAACAACUAAGUUUAAAAGGUGGUCCUAAUAAGUCCGUAAUUUUUACAAAUAUGGGCGACGUGAUUGAGUCAUUUCUUAUGGAGCUUAAUUAUGACGGAAUUUACUGUUCAUGGUCUUUCUGUAAAAGUAAACUAAUAAUUGAUAAAGCUUCAAUGCCACUCAUAGUAUCUACAUUCUGUCAUUUUGUAGAAUUGGAGAAGCGAACAAACAAGCUGGCAGAAGAUUUCAAAAGUCGAAAAGUUCCAUUUACCCCUCCAAAUCAAAUUAAAUUUGGAUUCAUACGUGAUGAUCCAAACUCCCCACAAAUCCGUCAGUUGGUUAAAUAA